AUAGGCGCGCCUCUUCCUCUUCAUUCAGCCAAUAGGCACUCUUUUCUGGCCUUCCAAGCCCCACCCACUCUGCUGUGGCUGUGCACCGGCUUGUCUAGGAGGCCGGUGAAGAUUGCCUUUUGUGUGCGGUCUCUGACUCCACCCUGUUCGUCGUCUUCUUUCGGGUCUGAGCAUCAGAACAACACAGUAGAGGGUGGAGCGCAUGCCUCUUUGAUGGCGCGUGCUUGGAGUCCCUUCGGGCACGUGACCGGAAGUAGUGCCUUUUUCCGAGCACGGUGACGGGAGGUUUUGCUUCCGUCUUUUGUGGCUGGUGCCUGUUUCUGGGGGAGACUGAGGCCGGGGGAGGCAGAGACUGGCCAGCAGAUGAGCCAUUGAUGAAGUCACGGGUGACACUUCCACAUACGAGUGUCCAAAAUUCCACCCUUCCGUCCAAGGAUGAGCAAGCCAUGGAGCUUGCAGAACAGUGACUUGGAGCAGAGCCUUCCUGCCAUUGCUUCCUCACUUUCCCAUAGCCCGGGUUUCUCCCCAUACCACUAUUUCUCUCCAGAGAGGAGGAGGACCAUUUCAGAUGUGCGGCGGACCUUCUGCCUCUUUGUGACCUUCGACCUCCUUUUCAUCUCACUCCUGUGGAUAAUAGAACUAAAUGUGAAUACCAGCAAAAGUAUCCAAGAAAAUCUGAAAGCAGAAGUUAUUGACUACAGUUUUAAGUCAUCCUUUUUUGACAUAUUUCUCUUGGCUUUCUUCCGAUUCUCACUACUGCUUCUGGGAUAUGCUAUUCUAAGGCUCCGCCACUGGUGGAUUAUAGCGGUCAGCACACUGGUUAGCACUGCCUUCCUGAUAGUGAAAGUUAUCCUCUCAGAUCUCUUGAACAAAGGGGCUUUUGGCUACCUUCUGCCCAUUGUCUCCUUUGUCCUUGCCUGGCUGGAAACAUGGUUCCUGGAUUUUAAAGUCCUACCUCAAGAGGCUGAGGAAGAAAAAUGGUUCUUGGCGGCUCAGGCUGCAGUGGCCCGUGGACCCCAACUUUAUCCUGGGCCUUUUUCAGAUGGCCAGUUCUACUCCCCUCCAGAAUCUGCUGCAGGAUCAGAUGAUUCUGAUGACGAACUUCUAGGAAGGAGGACAUUAACUGAUGAGGAAAGAGAAUAUGUUCGGCAAGGCAAAAUAGCCAUUGAAUCAGUGGAGCAUAUCUUAGCCCAAGAGGAGAACUGGACACUUGAGAGAAGCAGUGAGUUUGGCGACACAGUUCACUCCCUUGAAAUACCAUUCCGUGGCAAGGUUUUCAUCCUAAAGGCUUUACUACAAUGUCCUGCUGAAAUAGUCUAUCAGGAGAUGAUACUUCAGCCAGAGAAGAUGGUGCUGUGGAAUAAAACUUUAUUAGCUUGCCAAAUCUUGCAGCGAAUUGAUGAUAACACGUUGAUAUCCUACGAUGUGGCAGCUGGUGCUGCAGGCGGUGUAGUAUCCCCCAGGGACUUUGUAAAUGUGCGUCGGAUUGAGAGGAGGAGAGACCGAUACAUGUCGGCAGGGAUGGCAACAGUUCACAGCUCACGCCCUCCUACUUCCAGAUAUGUCAGGGCAGAGAAUGGUCCAGGAGGCUUUGUUGCCCUGAAAUGCCCUACGAAUCCAAACCUGUGCACCUUGUUUUGGAUACUCGACACAGACCUCAAGGGUCGGCUUCCCCGGUACCUCAUCAACCAAAGCUUAGGCGCGACCAUGACAGAGUUCGUAUUCCACCUGCGCCAGCGAGUUAUGGAGGUCACAACAGGAUCUUAAGUACUUGGGGCUCCUCACUCUGACGUUGCCUUUUGAAUGUGCUUGGAUUCGAAGCCCAAAGAGCUGGAGCCCCUCUCCUGCAUAGCAGAGUAGGGAGAUUGUAUCUCACAGCUGGCUUUCAGGAUGUGUGUGAAGAGUUCUCUGCAGACUCUUCAGGUUAGGGCUGGAAAAUGGUGGUCAAACGGCAAUAGAGAGAUGAGACAGCAAAUGGUCCAAACCAGAGCAAAUUGGAGAGAAGCCCCAAGAUAGUUUUCUUGGGGGUCUUGCCGAGGAUCAACGCUAAUGUUGCAUAGAACCUGAGCCACUUCUGGACUAAGAUGUGCCAAAUUGCUUCAUGAUCAUGCUUCCAGGAUCUGCUAAGUGCUUACCUGUAUAGCCCUUUGUCUAUCAUGUCCCUCUCUGGACCUAAUCAUUGCAUUUCUAACCACAUGCCCAUAAGCUUAUCCGAAUGCCUUCCAUAGAGGAGUGCCGUGGGACAUUCCAGUGCAUACAGUGGCAUGACUGUGGCGCAGCAGGUUCAGCUGGGCAGUCUUCCAGCCGGCUGUAGGUCAAGAUCCUAGCAUUGCCUUCCUUCCUGAGGGGCCAUGUGCUCCACCAUAGCUGCAUCUGCAUCUGAAGAAUUGACGACCCACAUUUAUGGGUGUAAUUGCCUAUCUGUCUCCUCAACAAGGUUGAUGGCCAAAGGAAAUAAGGUCUGUCAAAUAUCUGGUCUCAGUGGUGCCCCAAGCUGGCAACUCUCUUCUUACUACUGUUCCGGAUACAACAUACCUUCUUCCCAGUGUUCUCCUUCCUCCCGUGAUCAAUUUAGACUUGGAAAUAAGCCAAUCUCUGGGUCUCUGCCCCAUUGUACUAUGGCGGACGGUUCCUCGAUUUGCUUAAGACUUUCAUCGUGUUAGAACCCGACUAGAUGCAACCACAGGAGAUCUGUGACUGGACCUCCUGCAUUUUUUCCAAAGCUCAUGCAGCAGCUGGAGAGCUAGUCACGACCACAGCACUGGGUGUGGGGGUUAGCCUUUUACAUGGCCCCCAUGUUCCCAGAUUACAUUGUGCACCACCACCUAUCUGCUCUUUGCCUUCAGGGGAGCGAUUCAGUUCGGGAAAAUGGAGAAGUGGGAUUUCCCCAGUGCCAUGCUUCUGAUCUGGGUCAAGACACAGACACUGCAUUUAGGCUUUGAAAAAACCCUGAGAGAUCCAAUUGUGAAUCUACCACUGUCUUGUCUAGUUGCAUCCUUAGAGCAAGCUGGCAGUCUUGGUGGUGGAGACCAAGAUUUAUAAUCUAUGUGUACCUGGACAGUUCAAUUGACUCUUAAUACAGAGGUGGAGAACCCAAGGUCUUUUUGUCCAGUACCUGCUGUCGGAGUGAAGUGUUGCUUCUCCCCAUUGCCUAUAAAUAGACACAGGCUAGGCUUGUUUAUAGAUGUGGAUAGAGCCUGUUUGGACUCUUAUUGCCAGGGUAGGUGUUGAGGAAGCCUUAAUGCCCUUCCUUCUCAAACUUGAAUUGCUUUAAUCUGCUCUAAAGGGCAUCUGAUUUUGAGAUCAUUAGUUUAGAAACUGCAUUGCUCACAAAUGCAUUUGCAAACCCCAAAACUAGAGUUCUGAAGUCUUAUCUGUCCUUCCCCCUCCGACUCUGCAUGGGACGUUGCAAUUCUAGGGUGAUAGAAGGAGCAGCUGUGGGCCUUUUUCUUUGCAGCUGCUAGAAUUUGCCUUUAAUGGAAUCAGCAUUUCAGAUCUCAUACAAAGAUCAGCUUUGGGAUUCAGGGUGGGAAAUGAAAGCAGAAGUGAAAUACACAUGCUUUAACAUAAGUGCAAUAUGUCUGAGAUUUCACAAAGAACUAACUGACACAUAAACAGCAGUGUUUGGCUGGGGGCGAGGUCAUGCUGGGAGUGGGUGUGCAUGAUUUAGGGUUGACAGAUUCACACCAGUGUUUGCUGUAAGGGAUUUCCAGGUGUUGACUACAAAUGCCAUCAUCCCCAGUUGCAGUGGACUCUGGCUGGGGAUUAUGUAGUCAACAACAUCUGGGAAUCCCUUUUAAGGCAAACACUAGUUCACACCCUGAUAUAACUCCUAUAUUGUUAGAACUGCAUAGAAUGAAAGACUUCACCAAAUGUGGCUUUGGCUGAAAUUAUCUUUUCUAAUCAAGUUUGAGUGAUUUGGGUGCCUUCACAGACCAUGCACUGAGAUACACUAGCCAGAGUGGGCCCCUAGAAUUUAAUCAGAGUGUCCAGAUCUUUUGACCUCAGUAUAAACAUAGUUGUCCAAAGCAUUGUACCCAGUUGGCUCUUAGGAUUUUCCAGUUGGUGUAAUGAGAGCAUUUUAGAGGAAGCUGUAUGAGGAAUUGCAGCCUCAAGGGAGAUGUGUGUGUUCCACUCCUUGACAUGGGAUAACGCCUACAAAUAAUUCCCAUUCUCAGAUACAUGGGAGAUGGUGCCCCAAGAGUCUUGUGAAUGGUAAGCCCCCAGAAUCUGAUGACUUCAGGAGAGGUCACCCAUACUGCUCACUCAAAGCAUGUCAUGGCUGUGAGGUGAGGCUUGAGAUGAAAGGUGGUAAGGAGAGCAGCUAAACUUCUCUUGAGGGAGUGAUCUGCAUGCAGGAGUUGUUCCAAGCUGAACAACUAGCAUGUCUGCCCAACCUUUUCUUGCAAUCCUUGGGACCACUUGGUGGUUGAGGUCCCUCACUUUAUAUGCUGCUUUCUCCCCACUACCCAUCUCCUUUCAGAAAGCUCCUCCCCAUGCACUUGUAUGCAUUGAGUGGGUGGAGUUUUAGCCCCUCAGUCAUCUGUUGUCUUGGCAGAGUGAGUGGGGCUUGCAAGAACCCUACAGUGGAAAUUAUACGGUGGACUGACCAAACAUCAUAGUCUUCCAGGGAGAGGAAAGACAAGGAGGAGAUAUACCCUCCAGAGAAGUUGCCACAAAUGAUUUACAUUUUUGUUUUGUACAUGUACACAGGCUUGGGAGAUCACAGGAAUUUGAUUUCUGAAAAAGUAACAGGAAUCAGUUGGCCAUUAACCUAAUUAAAGCGCCUUGUGGGGGUUCGUAAGCUUCCCAAGUGGAAAGAGGCUUGCGGACUCUGUGAAUCUAAUGCACAGAACAAUUUUCUCUAAUGUGCACAUAGAGAGUGGACAUCCACCCUCAUUUUAAAAGCCACUUGAAUAACACGUUUGCCUUUUGCCUUGAAUCUUUGACUUAAUCUAAUAAAAUCUAACAAGAAAAGAAA